UCCUCGCUCAUGGCUCUGCAGAGAUCCCUCCUCGAUCGAGGAAAUGACAAAUAAGAGACUUGGGAUGUACCCUUUGUCUCCUAGGUGCAUUUUAAGGGAUUGGAAGAUCCUUCAUGAUGGCGGAGGGGGAACAAUGUUCGUGUCAAGCGAAAAGAGAGGGCGCAAGGAAGCAUAACUGAGUUCUAAUACCACAUCCGGUCAUAUUUUGCAGUGCGCAAGCUGUGAGUAUGCGAUUUGGAAAGCAGUGUCUGUUCGCAUGUUGAAAAGCACCCACAGUUUCCAAGAUGGAUGCCUCUGUUUACUCAAAUCCCUUCUCAUUAAUCACACAUAUUAACAAACAAUCAUAUAAUCAUAACCAGUGGUGCACCGAAUAAUGACGAAUUCAGUAUUAACUUAAAAACUUGUUCUCACGUGUGUUGUUUUUCUUUGCUUUUCAGGAAGAACUACUAAUGGUGCGUUCACAGCUGUUCGCGCAGCGUUUGUUGGCGUGAAGAUCUGUGCAUGUUUGUCACUUUGAGAAGCCGAGACGAUUGUACUGGACCCCACAGUCUGCUCACACACCGGAUGUAGCAGAGACUUUGCAUUCUAGCUGAUAUUGUCAAUAUAUAAUUGUAUAACGUUACACAAAAAAUAGGCAAUAAAUAAAAGAAUCAGCAAUAGAAUCAGCAUAAAACAGAGAGAGGUAAAGUGUUAACUCUACAACUCUGUGUCAUAUAUGUCAAAACGGGCAUGUGGUUAAAGUCCACAGGUCAAAUUCCUAUGAAUGAAUUAUUAACUUGUAGUUUAGUUUAGUGGAAGAAGAUUAAAUAGAUGAAACUUGAGACGUUGACCCAAUAUCAAAGAGAGGCGAGGAGAGCAGCAACACAUUUACACAUGUUCUAUUACACUUGCGACGGUCAUUGAAAGUUCUCCGACAAUUCCCGAUCCUCCCAAGAGCACGUUAACGUUACCUGUUUGCAGACUGCAGAACGGGGCGGUAUUCAACCGGCCCACCGUGAUUUGAUUGGUUUAAUCUCUGACGCCGCUGUCUUCUUCACUCACAGCAUUUGUCAAUCACGCAUGUCAAUCAUGACGCCUCAUACACUUUAGCACAAACUAUCUAAUUAAAAAACAAACUUGUCAGAAAAAUGAACAUACAUUUUCGAUUAAUUGUGGAUUCAUAAGGGCAGGCAGUGGAUGGGUGAGAAUAAGCAGCAUAUUUAGUGAGUAUCAUAAAACAUAUUUACAGUUAACUUGUUCUCAUUUUUUGCCACGUUAUGGAUUUUUUUCUCAUUUAUUUUAGAGGGUGAUCAGCUGAUUUAUUUUUAACAACCAGAAGUGGGCCAACAAAAGGUUGAGAUUGAGAACCCCUGCUCUCUAACCUAGAUUAGGAUACAAAUGUAAAUUGAUCAUGUACCCACUAGAUGGCAGUAUUACAUCAAUCUGUGUCUGUGUUGCAGCACAGUGACUUCACAUGUGUUUGAAAACAACCUGCCUGCACGUAUACGCUGCUUCUUUUGUGUGGGAUGGACGACCCCAACCACCGUGAGGUUUUUUUUUCAUUAACAGUUGCAUAUCAGUAGAAUCAGCAGACAACAGCAAGACUGUGUAAGACAUUGGUUCCCAACCUUUUGGGCUUGUAAUCUACAUCGUGUGACCCUUUAAAGUGAGGAAAUAUGUGCAGGUUAUGGCCUUAGUGUGGACAUGAGAGUGAGUUCAUAUGAAAUUUCAUCAGAGGGGUUUUUACACUCCCGAAGAGGUGAAUUAAUCUAGUACUUAUUUCACAAGAUCAAAGUAAGAUUUAUGGAAAAGUUACAAAAAAUUACAUAUUCUCAGGUUGGGAACCAUUCUGUUUAAUAGGCCUUUCUCACGGAAGACAUUUUGAUUUGUAGAAGUAGAAAAAGCACAGGUGUUGGUAAUAACUUUAACGAUGGCUCUGUUUUAUUCAGGUGUUCCAGUGAACAAGCCUGCACAAUACCAGGAACCUGAAAUUUAAGCAGCUAAAUGGAAUUCAUCCAUUAUUAAUAUUAUUAUUUACACCUGUGUUGUUCCUACUGUGACAACUCCAAAUGUCUUCUGUAAAAAAUGCCUGUUUGAUUUGAGUUAGGUUAAAUUAGUCGUUCAUGUAAAUGUAGAUCCAUUAAGAUUCUCUGAAAUCUUAAACAUCAACAACUUGUAGUAAACGAGAUAUUUGUUGAGCAUACUUUCUGCUUUUCAUUCAGCUGCAUGCAUUCGCACCUGAAAUCUGUUAUUACCGCUUUUUGACGCUGUAUGACCUGAUUCACUGAUGCUCAGUGAAGUUUUCACUCAAAUGAUUUGUAAAAACAAGCAGAUGAGAGACCCUGCAGUCACAAGGUCACCUAUUGAGCUUUUAAAAUGCAGCUGCCCCCUAGAUUUGUCAAAAAUUGGUAAUAAGGAGUUAGCGAUGAUGUGAUUGGCCUUAGAGCAUGAGGGAGUGUCAUGUGGGCUAAGCAGUUACAGAUCAGCAGCUUACCUGCUUUUCGCCGUUAUGUAAUCUCCCCACUUGAAUUUAAAAGUGUCUGCUCCUCUUGUCUCCCCCCCCCUGCCUUUUCACACCUCCUCCUCACCUGUGUCUCUUGCUCCUCCUCGCCUCCUCCCAUCUCCCACUUCUUGCUCUACCUGUUGUAGCAGCCAGAGUUGUGUGAUUACUGUAAUGCCCUCUCCCAUCCCCUCUGAUGCCUUCUCUUUGUCUCUCCUUCGUGCAUCUUCUUUCUUUUAUCCAUACCGGACAGGAGUCAUAUGGCCCGUUCAGAUCUCCGGACAAGCUUCGGUUCGAUCCGACAGCAAAGUGCUGACUCACGUGGUAGACACAGCAGAUAUAUACUUGGUUGUUCAGGCAGCAUUUUGAAUAUUGUUGACAAUGCUCUUCUCCGAUUAAAGGAAGUAUUAUCCGUGUCACAUCAGGAGGUCAAAGGGCAGUUAUGUAUGGCUUCAAGGAUGAACUGAUUCGAUUUUGGUGGUCAAAGGUCAAGGGCGCUGGGAACUCACGUCUGGUCCAUUCUCAUGAAAGCAAUAUCUCAGAAACCCUCCUAAAAAAAACACUUAUUAUGACUCAGCACGACAUAACUUAUUGUGUUGCAUGUCAUGGUCUCAUGCUGGUGGACAGGUGGGAACUUAUACCUGUGGUGUCACAGCUGUCAUGUUAGAGCACAGAGGAGACCUGCUGACGUAAGUCCACUGCCUCAUUCUGACUCAGCUUAUCAUAGCUCUUUGAAGUCAAGCUGUAGUUGCUUUUCACUCCGCCUCUUCUGAGUUGAUAAAAAUAAAACUCCAACACAAUGCACAUGACUUUGUAGGAUUUACGAAUGCUGUUAGUGCUGUGGUGUCAUAUCUGCUUUCUUGUAUUAUCUGGCAGAGGUAAAUUGUAAUGAAACAAGACAGGAAGAAUUAUAUAUAGUAACUCUUUUCUACUGUUACUUCCAGAGACAAACAAAUAAAAGUCAUAUGUAAAGAGUCCGAAAUAAUGUAAAUGCUGCUAAUAUUUACCAGUAAUUAGCUAAUUUAAUGGUUCAUUAAAUUGCCUUGGUUGGGGUGCUUGCAUUUAUCAUUUUAGAAAUGUAAUUUAAGUUGAAUUUUACUCACUUUGUGGGGCAUUUUUAGUUUGUUUUUUUGCAGAUGUUGCAAUCCAGCACAGCCCUGUGUCUUUCACAAACUGUUAUCAAUAGGGCUGACCUCUUAAAAAAAAUCUUAGUCGACUAAUUGAUUAGUUGCUUUAAAGGACAGUUCUGUAAAACUGAGUUUCUCCACUAAGAAUCCACAACGCAACAAAACAAUCCACAAAAAGCACCACUAUACAGUUUUAUGUUUACCAGAGAUGUGCUCAUAAAUUUCUUGGAAAUAAGUCGGUCAUGAAAAAGCACUAGAAAUAAUUAAUCAACUAAUGGGAUCUUAGUAGACUCAGACCAAAACAAUCGAUUAGUCAACUAAUCAACAGUAACAAUACAACAGUUUAAAAAUAGUACAUAAGUAUUAUCAGCAAAAUGCUCUUAAAGUAUCCAAACUAAAAGUAUACAUUUUGCAGAAAAAUAGCGCCUGUGAUUGUUUUAUAAUAUCAUAUGUUGUAUGAAAUGUUUCCUUCAGGAUCCUGCUGCAUGAAACCACAGGAAACAUCUAAUGAUGACAUAAUCAUCUAUAUACGUAAUUUUAUUACAUGUUUAAUAACAGUGAAGAAAACUGUGCAUUGCAUGUUUAUGGUUGGGUUUGGGUGCCUUUAGCUUUCAUUUCAAUUUGCGUCAAGUCACACAAAGUCACACAAACAAUGUGAAUAUUUGUGUGAUUGAAAAGUUUCCUUCACAGUGUAUUCGCCACUUUUUUCAUGUUUGUGCUAACAUCUCAUGGCUAAAUGCUGCUAAACUUGUUAGUGGACAUCUGCAGGACAUUGUUCUAAACAAUAAACUGGUUGGAUGCUGUGCUAUAAGAAGUGCAUGUCGUCAGUGACUCUGAGGUUUAUCCUCUGGGGAUGUUGCUGGACAGGUUCAGAGGAUUUCCCCUCCUGCAGGUGUUGUUUUCUUGCAGACGUACAAUGAGAGUUCACACCUGUGACUGCCUGUUUUGAAGAAGCUCAUCAUGCAGCUCUCAUUAUGUUCUGGUUGAGAAUAAAUUCCUCUGUUGUGUAAUCCAGUCAGCCUGAGCAUAAAUCUGCUGCUCAUGACGCACUGGUCGACUAGAGUACUCCCUGUUCUCCGACUGCUGGAGGUUCAGCUGCUCAUCUCUGAUGUGCAGUCACAUAUGUUUUGUCUUUUGAUAUGUGGGACACCUUCAGCAACACUAAACUCACUAAACAUCUAUAACCACUCCUCCAGCAGAUCAUCAUAUCACAUUAUUGUUCAGUAAUUUUGCAGAGCAAGUAAAAACUUAAAAAAUGAGAACUGUAACAGAAAGAGUCACAAAGUAAUUAUGAUGCAGUCUUCCUUUUUUCUUGUGGAGAACUUCUGAAUGUGUAACCUGCAGAGACCUUUCCUCAAUAAAAACACUCUCCUCUGCCCAAAGAGCUUAGCUCACCUCGAAACUUCGUCCUCACUCCUCGGUGGAUUCAGAGCAGCACAAAGUUAGCUCUGUGUGGUUAGAUAACAGAUAAUCGCGGAGGAGUUUGGUCCUCUACUGUGCAUCUCAGUAGCUUCUCCAUCCAGCACCAGCUACUUAACCUUGUCUCUAAAGCCGCUGUUACCUAAUAUCAGAGCCUGUGUCGAGCCAUGGGCUGGCUGGCUGGCUCUCUAGUUCAAAGCCUCUUGGCGUUUGAGCUGUGGCCGACCAGGCCUCACUGGUGCUUAUGUGUGUGUGUGUGUGUGUGUGUGUGUUUGUGUGCGGAUGAGUGUGGAGUUGGGGAUUGCUCUCCAGUCAGAUCAAUGUUAUGCAAACCUAUUAGUCAGAGGUUGCAACAGUACUCAGGGUCAAACUCACUGAUGAGCCCUCACUUCUGUUAAGAGUGAACAACAAUCUUGUCUGCUGCUUCAAGUCAAUAACAAAGAAUCACUGCAUUACAAUGUGAAAAGAUGAUGCAUGCAUGUGUCCCGAAAGCUGGCAGACAUUUAUUACUUCUCUGUUAUGUUUAGUUUGUGAAUUUAGCGAAUCAUUCUAUCUGUCAGUGAGGUCCGGGGUUUGCUGACUCAGCAGGCAGGAGGCCUUCUCAGUGUACUUUGUAAGGCCAUUUAGAAAAUGCUCCCUGGAACACCGGGCUGAAUAAGCCCCUUGGCUUUGACUUCCACUAAUCAUCUUAGGCAAAGCAUGGCUGCAAGCAAUGUUCCUGCAAGGGAACAUUUGUCCUGGGCCGCAGCAAAUGCAUGGUGGUUAUCGUCACCAUAAUCUCUCUCAUCAUUAUCAUGCAAUAGUCAGUAAUAAAUAAGUGUAUUAUAGUUUCGCUGCAACAGAUAAUAACUAGAGGUAAUAUAAGGGAGUGCAAAAGAAUGUAAACACAAAUAAGUCUACAACUAUUUAGCUUUAUCAUUUGAACCCUUGCACAGCACUAGUUUGCAAAUAUCCCUCAUUAUGCAAAAUAAAAACAGCAGCGUUGAUAACAUACACAUGAUGCAUGCAAAACUAUUGUUAGAAAAUGACAAAAACGUUGGCAGGUGUACUGCACAAACAACUAAUAAUGUAUUGAACUUAUCCUCUAUUUUAACAUUUAGAAAUAUUUGAAAUGCUGCUUUAAGGGGUUUUAAUUGUUUUUACUUCCUAUCAGCAUCAAGUACAAUAGAGAAAGGAUAACACUUUAUUCAUCCUCGACACAAAAGGGAUUAAACAGAGCAAAGGAUAUAUAGAAAUUAGGAGAUGCACACCAUAAAUGAAAUUAAAGCUAUGAAGAGACAGUAAACAAAUACAGGAGAGUGUAAUGUAUGUGGAGAAAAAAACUAAAGCCAACAAUAAAUAGAAAUAGGAAAGCUAUAUACAAUUCAUUGUAUGAGUGGUAAUAGUUAGUAUAUGCCAAAAUAAAAAACGGUUUCACUGUUCAACAUUACAAUUUCUUAAUUCAUUGAGUUAUUUAGGAAGUAUUAUAAAGCACACCAACUUUACUACACUGACAGUCUUUAAUUCUACAUAACUACUAAUACUUCUGUUGAUAUUAUAAACAUUGUUUUCACGGAUUUAUUUUUCAGUGUUAAUGUUUGAAAUGCUAAUCGCCGUCCAGGUGCCGGGGACAACGCGGCCUCCCAUUGGCCGCCGCCGCGUCACGUGACGAGCAGUGUUGACGUCAGCGGAGGGUCUGCUGAGCGAGGCGGCGUCCGUGCUGCAGAAGAAGCCCCGGUAGAGUUUAGAGUUUAGACCGAGAGCGGCCACGGAAAACUACCGCUCCUGAGUGGCUCCUGCAACCUGUUGCCCGCCUUGUCUGCAACUUUUUAACCGUUCGCUCCGGUGACGCGGGGUAAUGGACGAAUAGAGGCUUUAUUAAACAGGUCCCCUGACAGGAACUUUAAAGUGAGGUAAGUUGUGUCGUGUCCCGUCCCUCCCUCGCUGUUUGUCCUCUUCCUGUUACGUUUUCUUUCUCUUUUAUUUGUUUUGCUUGCAGCGCAGUGGAGAUGAGUUUACACGUUGAAGCGCUCACACACACUUGCAUUCGUCUGUGUAAUAUAACAGCAAUAAUAGUUGUUACACUUUGCAGAGCAGCAGCGUUAACAAGAUGCGAGCAGCGGAUAAAGCUCUACAUAGAUUUCCAGUCGAGUGAGGAUGCUUCCUCUGUCCUAAAGGAACCCUCGGAGGAGCCCGGUAGAGGUGCUUGUCGCCUUCAUGCACUCUCCACAUUUAAAUGUAGAAUGAGAGAGUGCAAGAAGCGAAAAAGGAGUCCUCCUGCAACCACACAAGGCUGAGUGAGGAAGGGUAUCUGGUUUCAGCGAAUACACGUCAGUCAGUCAGUCAGUGGACUUAAGUAGAGAGAGAGGAGGCAGCAUUAUUGGACACUUGGUCCAAAGGAAAAAGUGGUGCUUUAUCUUGACAAGUGAAAUGUUUGCUUCACUGUGAAUGAACGCCUGUGGUAGACGUGCUCUCAUUAUAUAGUCAGUGGUCAGUAAGAGUGUUGUAGCAGUGAGGUAUAAGUUUUAAUUUUAAUGAGCUUACAGUCUUGAGAGCUUCAGGGCAUUACAUGUUAUAAAAUAGGUAACAUGUCAGACAUUUGCAGGUUACAACUUCUUAAAUGUGAGGAUUAUUUUUUUGAUAGCUUUUCCUUGUUUUUAGUAAAAAUACAACAUGUCUUUACAGUUAAUCGUUUAUAUAAGAAAAUAGGGACCAAAUAAGGCCCAUCUAAAUUAAUUAGAUGAUCGUACUCCAACGACAGAACACCAGUUGCUUUGUUUAAUGAGAAGUUUUACAAUUCAAAUAUGUUUUUAACUAGAGGAUAAAAUAAUUUAUUUCAUUAUUGUCAGUCAUUCUCCUGAGCCCAAGGAGAGUCUUCAAACUGUUGCAUCUAUAACAGUCCCUUAUCCAAAGAUACAUUCACUAUAAAACAAGAAGAAGCAAUUCAUCAAUAAACUGUUUUGACUGUAGACAAAUUCUUCAAGUCAAAAUAUCAAACAUUCACGUGUUCUCAAAUGUGAGAAUUUUAUUUUCCGCCAUAUAGACUAAAUAAUUAAACCAAAAAACAAUUGACAUAUUCAUCAAUAAUGAAAAUAGUCAUUAGUUACGACCCGCCAUUGAGUUGAUUCAUCGGAGGAUCACAUUGGGUUCAGGUUUCCAUGAGACAGUCGAGCAGCUAAAGUAAGACUAAAGGACUGAAGACUUGCUGCCUCUGAAGGUGGCUUGUAGUAAAUGAAGGCCACUGGUUUGGCUUUGAUGUGGGAUGUAAACAAGAACCUGUUGAGGCUGAAUUUCCUCUUGCGGAGUGAUCCGAGUGGACACUAACUCUAACAUGACGACUGGUUUUGCUGUCUUUGAAGCACUGUGGCUUCCGAGUGCUUCAAUGUGUUUUUAGGAAAUGUCAACUGAAACAGCAGUGAAAUGCUCCGGUCCAACUCUCUCUCCUCGCCUCACGCGGCCGGCGCAAGCACAGCAGGAGAGUUUAAAGACCUGCGGAGGUGCUGACACGAGGGUGGAGUCGAGAUAAUAGCCCUCUUGGUGUCGAAAGCGUCCCUCCAAACAGUUCAAGAUGCUGAACUCUGACAAACAUACACUAAAUUUAAACAGAUGUUCUAUUUUCGUGUGUGUGGGUUUAUGUUUUGAGGCCAGACUGACCACACUGGCAGCAUCCUCUGUAGUUAUGCUCGUCUGUGCAGAAGCCAGUGCACAUUUGAAUUGAGUUCAACCUUCUUUUUUCAAAUUUUUUUUUUUGUAGAAAAAGCAGACGGGGAGAGUGAUUGGGAGUAAGCGAGGAUGAGUGGAGGAUUAAACUGAAGGAGGAAGCAGCAAGAGAGAGCUUCAAAUGCUGAGAUAAAGACACGGAUAAUGUUUUUGGAUAGAAAGCCACAUUUCACGCUGUGCUGCAGAUAUCGGUGGCAGAGGACAGAUUGAUAUUUCCAUCUGUUUCCUUUGUCUUUACAACAGGCUAUUUUCAGAGAGAGGUGCAUUUUAGACAUUCAAUGCAAAGUAAACAGCACUCUCCUCGAGCAAUCAGUGACAAUUUGCUGUGUGUGUGCGUGUGCGUGUGCGUGUGCGUGUGUGUGUGCGUGUGCGUGUGCGUGUGUGUGUGUGUGUGUGUGUUCAUCCAAUCCUGAGUCUGUUGCAGCUCUGUCUGCCUUCUUGCAAAAAAAAAUCUUGUUCUCAUUCGCUCCCUCAUAAUGGCUUCUCUGUCAUGAUUGUGGUUUUCUGCAGCGUCUUGAUGCACAAAGCUCUCCGGCUGACAAUGGGAGCUCAUGUGCGCUGCAUUAUGAUGAAGUCGCUGCCUCUGGUUUCUCAAAGGGUGGCUGAGAGUUAGAGGGAAGGAAGGAAUAGUUUAAGGAAUUCUCAUGUAAAUAAAUCCCAUUUAAAGACUGCUGGAGAAUAAAGAAAACAAAACCCUGUUAAUGUGCCAUUCAUUGAGUCAUAUUGACAGUUGUGUUGGAGAAUUGACCAAUAAUCACAUCCCACUGAUGUCCAUUGAAAUGACAGACAGAGGCAGUAAUGAAGUAUUAUGAUAAACCCAAAUAUUAAGGAAGUUGUGGCUGUUUUUAAAGCUGCUAUGAAUGUUUAAUCCUGAUUUGACCUCCAGCCUCAGUUUGAUGUGAAACUGUCUUAUGUUUGCAUGUAGAGGAAGUUGAUUAUUUCCAUUAUAGACCAAUUUGAUGAUUAUUUAUUUUCCAAGUAAUUGUUUAGUCUUAUUUCUAAGUUUCAGAGCGUAUUCAAAUUUCUUUUGUCCCACAAAACCCAAAGAUAUUCAAUUUACGACAAAGAAAAGCAGCGAAUGCUCACUUUAGAGAAGCUGAAAGCAGAGAAAGUCGAUCGAACAAUGAUAGACAACAUAAAUCAAAUCUCAGUAUAGUUCACUUGCGUCGAUUAAUUAAUCCACAAAAUGUUUCAGCUCUAAACUGGAUCAUGUUUGUGUCACAAGACCAUCGGCAUCAAAACCACUUUCACUUUUAAGUUGCAGUCUUUCACUUGUAUCUCUCUUUCUAAUCCUCUUACUCGUACUUUGUUUUUGUCUUGGUGCAGCCGUUCUGCUCUGCUGAAGAUGUUAAGUUUCUUCAGACAGACUCUGGCACAGAUCGGACCGGCAGUAGAGCAGCACCUGACCUUCCACUAAAUAACACGGGAGAUAGAGUUGCUUGCAGAUAUUCAAGGAGCCACCAAAAGCACGCUGCACUGAACAGCGCUCGCCACGAUACUUGUAACGUGAGCGCCGGUGCUCCCGGAACUAUGCCGAGCUGCUGCUGCUGCAGCAUGUGCUGCUGAUCAGACACUUGAUUGCAAGACGACGGUCAAAGAGAUAGAUGUGUGUGUCGAGAUGUCGAGGAGGGCUGCAAGGCCUCGUUUUUAGAUCGCGUAAUACUUGAGCCAAAAGGGCACAAGUGGGAAAACCAACAGACUUCUGAGAGUAAUGGCUAACACAUGUGAACUCUUUUCUUUUAUUCCACUGUAUCAUACUGUCCACGUUGUUUGUGCUCAACAAUAGAUGCUUGUUUCCGUUGGUUUGAUAGUAACUGCCCUGACAUGACGUUCAUGUGCAUUGUGCAGGUGGACUCUUCAGUCGCUGUCGUGCGGCAAAAUUGAAGUUUGAGGCUGAAAGAGUGGUGUUGAGUUGAGUCUUUGAUGCGCUGUUUGAUCUCAGUGGUGUUAGUAGAAAGUUUGCAACCGUGUCAGUUUGUGUCGUCCUGCACUGUACUUACCGUACGCUUUAAUAACAUCCGUGUUUAUCUCUGGCAGAGCGUCCAGAGUCACAGUCGUGACACCAGCCAACAUUAUUUUUGUGUGUAAACUGUCUCACCGCUUGGAAAUGUUCUCCACCUCCCGAACAUCUUUAUUUAAUCUACACACCUCAGCUCUGGAGGACAUGAGGAAAGUACUCGUGCUUACAUAAAUGUGAGGUUUUUGGAUGGUUUCUUUCAAUGCUGCUGUAAACCAGUUGUUGGACUCUGUUAAUCAAACACUCAACGCUGAGCUCUUGCAAAAACAGAUGAUGCAAAAACCGAUUAGUCGCUUAAAUAGCAAGAGAAGAAAGAGAGCUGUUGUAAUAUCGCAAUACUGAAAAUCAUGUGUCUGUGUGUGGCGUUGCCUGAAAUCAAAAUCUGGUCUCACUGGAGCUGCUUCUUCCAAUUUGUUCUCCGUUUUUUUUAAUAUAUUAUUACAGCUGAGAUGAAAAUGAAUUAUUUAUUUUUGACCCUUUGGGUGAAUAUCAGAUUGCAGAUCUUGCCGGUCCGAUAAUUGCUUGCCUGUUCGGUAGAGAAUGGCCGAGCUCAGCGCUGUAGCCUGAUCACAGACGGCUCAUAUUUCAUUAUGAAUGUAUCAUUCAUAAACUCUAAUCUGUCACCGGGUCUCUUUCAGUCCCUGAGCUCUCUGUUGGCCUCCCACUAUCUUCUUCUUCUUUCUUCUUCUGCUGUCUCUGUUCUGGGAUUAUCCGUGGGACCGUUGGGUUGAGAUUUACCUGAAGGAUAUAAAUGGAGACUUCUGCCUGUUACGUAAGUCGGCAACAAGAUGUUCUCGGAUGAAUGUCGUGUCGAGGGCCUUUUGACUCAACCAGCGAGAUGAACGAGCCGGCCGCUCAGCUGCUGCAGUGCGAGAGCUUUGGCUGCACGUACAUAGUUCAUACAUUCACAUAGAUUUUAUUUAGGUUCUUUACUCACAACUAACAAUUAUUUCCAUAAUCCAACAGUCGAAAACCAGCUCUAUUUCAAAAUCUGAGGAUUUGCUGCCUUUCUUUUUCCAUGUAUGAUAGUAUAUUUAAUAUCUUUGUGUCUGUUUGAAGCCCUAGUUCUAUUUCAUGGAAAUGAGAGCGAGAUGUUCUCUUGAUGCGUUGCUGAAUAUGAUGCAGCAUCGUUGGAGUUAAAUCUGUCUCAAAGAGUCCAGCAGGUUGAUCUGUGCUAAACGUCUCAAACACUGAACAACAUGUUUGUCCCGUCGGUGUUGUUAGAAACCCAAAGCGGCAGCCAGCUUUCUGCUGGAUUACACCACCUGCCUCAUCUCGGGCUCUGCUCUCGUCCCAGACGUUAAACAAGGGCCUGGCGUUCACUCCCUCGUCUUUACCUCAUGAGACGGCAGAGACUUGGCUCAACCAUGUGACCUGUCCACUUGUCAAAGCCUCUUUUAUGCAACAAUGCUAUUAAAAGGUCUGCCAGCAGCAGGUAAGAGUCUUAGCGGUCGACUGUAGGCAGUGAUCUCUGAGAGACAGAAAUAGCUGAGUUCUUAGGGAUGAUAUGUUCAGUGGAGGUCUGAGCUCUCAUCAGAACGUUUCCUCUUUUUUAGAUCCAGAGACCUUCAGCCAGGCGAGAUAAAGAGCGACGGAGUGCACUGUUUCUACCUUUACUUACUGUACACAUGGAGCAAUACCUGCAUGUCUGUGGACUGUGGGAGGAAAUGGAAACCCAGAGGGAGUGACAUGCAAACUACACAUAGAAACUACAGCCAGCCGUGUAGUCUGAAGAAGUGGCAAAACAUUUUUAAAACGAGUGAAAUACUCUCCUGGUAGUAAUGACUAAUCAUUUUUCCAUAAAAUGUCAGAAAAUAGUGGAUAAUGGGCAUUAUGAUACAUUAUUGUGAAGCCAGUAAGAGCAACACUAAUAAGCUUCCCUCCCUCGUGUCGAGUAAUGAGGGAAACAUUUCUCUUUGUAUGAAUAGUGAAAGGAGUCUGUAUGAUUAGAGCCGCAGCUAAAAGCAAAUAAUUAAAAAAGCCGUCAGUCUGCAGAGAAAGUGUAAUUAAAUGCUAUUGUGAAUCAAAGACAGCAUGUGAAGUAAUAUGUAUUUUUUUUUUUGUUUUGUUUUUUGACAACUUGCUGAUGAAAACACGAGGGAAGGUAUGGUCAGUAAUUAUGACAGCGCAGCCUCAGUAAUCAUGCAAAUAUCUACCAUCCAUUAAAACCAUUAUGAAAUGCAGAUUGCAGAGUAUGUGGGGAUCCAGAGCACCGCAUGAAACAAAGUGUGUGUGUGUGUGUGUGUGGGUGGGUGGGUGGGUGUGUGUGUGUGGUACACGGUACACUGACUGAACUGGUUUUAAAUCACUGCAUGUGUAUGCAUUUAGACUUUGAAUCAGAGACAUAGAACCUUAAUUUGGUUGUGAUUAGACUUUUUAAAACAACAUACCAUUUUCGAUCAACCAUUGCUUGCAGCAAAAUGUCAGAUUGUUGUCUUCUAGAGGCAAAAUAGAUAUAGUCACUGUAUUUUGUGUUUUUUAUGUGAACAUCUUUAGCAUAGUAUUUAUUUAAUAAUUUAUGUUUUAAGUGUUUCAUUGUGUUUUGUGGAGUUAAUCUUUAGAUCUGUGUGAAAGACAAAUGUCUCCUCUGAGACAAUAAAGUUAAGGUUGAAGUUGAAUACAGGUGAAGACAAUAGUAACUUUCCUUGUGUAAUCUCAGUUAUUUUCACUGUGAGCUGCUUCAUUACAGAGUCUAUCGUGGUCAUAUUGGCAAAGCUAAUCAAGUCAAUCAGCUGACAAGUAUGUGCUGUCUUCUUUAAGUUUUACAAUCUGACAAAAACAGGAAAACUUGUACUGUAAUCUACACCCUGAAAAUGAUGAGGAUUCUGUAACGGAUAAUGCUCACUGGACUCUUACUGGGACUCUUAAAUGGAAACUAGUUCAUAUGAUUUGUUACACCUGUGCUUUUCUGGCUAUGACCAGUAUGUCUGCACCCACACCCACCUGAGGAGAGGCCUAAUCAGGUAGAAUUAUUGAAAACACCUGUGUGGGUGCUCCAUGGGUUUGUUAAUAGCCCUUCAGAUGCGGAUGUUGGGAAUAUUUCAAUGCUGGAUUUAUUUGGGCUGCAGCUAGUGAUUUGUUGUCGGUAUAUAUAUUUAACCUGUGAAUUAUAUAUUAAUCGUUUGGUCUAUAAAACAUCACAAAACAGUGAAAAAUGUCGUUGGAUAACUUGUUUACUAUAAUGAAAGAUAAAGAAAAGCAGUGAAUUCUUCCAUUUGAGAAACUGGAACCAUCAAAGAUGAAAAUAGUUCCUGUAGCAGCUGAUACCUUUUGGGUUUCAUGUUGUGUAGUAUACAGUCUCUCUCAGGUGUAGACUGUUUGCUUCUUUCUAAUUUAAAUGCAGACACACUGCCAGUCUGUGUAUCAGACGGUCACGGUGAACCCCCGCUGUGUAGUUGCUGACGUGUUUUGUUCCAGGAGUGAUGAGUAUGUAAACGGGUGUUAAUCUCCUUUUCACGCUGCUCCAGCAUUCACGCUGGCAUUGAAGUGAACUCAUUAGAGGUGGCUGCCACAUUGCUAGAGCCCAUUGUUUACUCAGAGUUAAUUAAAGGAUUAUGGCGGCGGGCUGUUUACGGAACAUGCAAGUAUGAAACAAUUUAGAAAAGACGACCGAGUCCUUGAAUUAGCAGUUUGCAAAAUGACUGCCUUCCUCCCUAAAUUCAUUUGUGUAGUGUUUCCAAGAGCCUCUAUUUCCUGUUGAGUUUGUCACUGAAGCAGCACUUUUCAUCAAUGCAAAGUUCUUUGUUAUUGGCAGGAAGAGCAUAUUCCCGCCGAGGCACCCAUGCACUUUCCUGUAAAGUAAACAUGAUGGCGGCUCUUUUUCAAUCGGUCAGACUCAAUCAGACUAAUUAAUGGAUCAACUGAGAGAGUGAACUUAAAACAAGUCAAUUGGGAGCUUUAAAAGUCAAAAUUUGCAUACAGUGAUAUUAGUUCGACAGCUAACUUUAAUGGCAUUAUGGCUUAGGGUACAAUUAGUUAGUACGGUCUUACAAGCUCAUUUAUUUCUUUACAUUUAUAAACCAUCAUGUAUCUAACUUUUAACAAUGUGAGAGAAGCAACAAACAGUGACUGGAAACGCAGAGGUGACCGACCUUUUUGUCCCUUCCUGGAACAAACUACCUGUACAGUAAUUUGCUUUGGCCUGACCUGACAUUGCUGAUGUUCUUUGCCGUUAUCCUCGGCUAAGCUUGGAACAGCUUCCCUCUUCUCUUUAGCCUGGAGAGCUCAGCUAGCGGUCUGACCGGGGAAAAGUGCUAAGCACAUUAGCUGCAGGGCUGCGUCUUCUCUAGAGUCUUCACUUUCUGCAACGACUAAUUCACAGGAGUGUGAUUUUUCUAUGCGACGCAUCACCAAGUUGGAUCAGCUACGCGGCUAGUGUGCGUGUUCAUGAUGCACUCGGAAAGCAUAAAACAAGUCAAAUUGUCCUUGAGGUCAACUACGUAUAUCUACAUCUUUUUCUGCAGGUUACAUUUCAAAACCCAAACCGGGUCGAUAAACCAUCUCGACUACUAAUACAGAGGAUGUGUAUGUGUGUGUUGAUGGAUCAGUAUCGUAGUUUCUGCAGGAAAUGGAAGGUACAGCUGCAGAUGCACGCACAGACACACUGGCAUGGUUGUCAACAGUGAAUGUGCUCGGUGUGGGUGUAGUUGUGCAUCAGUGGUGGUUGUGCGGUCUCCUGUUGCAGGUGCAUGGCAGACUGAACACAGCUGUGCAUGUGCACUUAAUCUUCCUGCUUCUCUAUUAUCUAGUCAUGUCAGGCUUUUGUGUUAAAGGUUAUUUGCAUUUUUUAAUGAAACGGCAACAAAAGAUAAGUGCAGUUAAGAUAAAAGGCACCAAACUGUCAAUUUAAAUUACCGCCUUAAAAAAAGGCUAAAUGAAAGCAAAAACUAAAAGUUUGACAGUGAAGAAAACACAUUAACAAAAAACAAAGUAUAAUCCACAGUUUGUAUUGAACACUGUAGGUUCCUUAACACAUUUUCCAUCAUUUACGUUUAUCCUUUUUAGUCGGGUUAAUAGGAGCCACUUUGACAAGGUUUCCCACAGGAAAUGAUUUAGCGGCAUCUCAUCUAGUGAGUAAUUUAGUUGGUAGAUUAUGGCCAACCUCCGUUUUUUAGCAGCGACAAAGGCCGAUAUUUUAAAUCAGGAACUGGUAGAGGCCAAAAACAGAGCUGCAAGGAGAGUGAUUAUUGAUUAUAAGUGAUAAUAUGUCAGUGUUGCAGGUCGUUCCACUGCCACAAAGUCAACAAAAAGUCAGUUAUUGCAGUUUUUAAACUCUUUUUGGUGUCUUAUGAGUCUAUUUUUUUAUUUUGUAUUGGUUGUUUAUGCCCCUUUUGUAUCAAAAACACAAAUUUCAGAUUGUUUCUAACAUAAUUGUUUCGGUCUCCCUCCCUUUCGUCUUCACUGUCUGCAGUCUAAAUCGCCGCUGCGCUCACCUCACAGCCUGAACACGCACACAGCGACCAUGGGCAAACAAAACAGCAAGCUCCGUCCCGACGUCAUGCAGGACCUGAUGGAGAACACGGACUUCACCGAGCACGAGAUCAUGGAGUGGUACAAGGGCUUCCUGCGGGACUGCCCCAGCGGCGCGCUCUCCAUGGAGGAGUUCAAGAAGAUCUACGCCAACUUCUUCCCUUACGGAGACGCCUCCAAGUUCGCCGAGCAUGUCUUCCGCACUUUCGACGCCAACGGAGACGGGACUAUAGACUUCAGGGAGUUCAUCAUCGCCCUGAGCGUGACCUCUCGCGGUCGGCUGGACCAGAAGCUGAAGUGGGCGUUCAGUAUGUACGACCUGGAUGGGAAUGGAUACAUAAGCAAGGCAGAGAUGCUGGAGAUUGUAACGGCUAUUUACAAGAUGGUGUCCUCAGUGAUGAAGAUGCCCGAGGAUGAGUCCACACCUGAGAAACGCACAGACAAGAUAUUCAGACAGAUGGACACGAAUCGAGAUGGUAAACUGUCCCUUGAGGAGUUUGUUGAGGGAGCGAAGAACGAUCCCUCCAUCGUCCGGCUGCUUCAGUGUGAUCCCAGCGGUGCUGGGCAGUAGAAAACUGGACUUUUUCCCAUUGCAGGUUUAUUAAUCUAACACAUUUUCAAAAUCUCUCACCGCU